CUUGGAUGAUGAGCAAGAUUCUCUUUGUGACUCAAGUGCUCUAGAAAUAGCAGAAAAGACCUUUACUUGCUCUGAAACUGAUGCAAUUCAUAAUACAGCUACAUACAUGGAAGCAGGCAGCAUCUUACCUUGUCAUUUGUCUGCAAAUACACAAGGAAAAUACACAAGUGACCAAAAUAUUAGCAAUGGUUUGUUAAGGAGAAUUGUGAGUGGAACUGGUGCUCAGGCAUGCAAUGGACAAGUUGUAAUCCCACCUCACGUCAGUCAAAUUUAUGAUGAAUUAUUUGUCAUUCAUCAGAAGCUCCAGAGAGAAAGUUCAGCACAGCAUGAGUAUUCUCUGCAGCUCCAGAAACGAGAGCGUCUGUCAGAACGAGAAGCAUUGCUCUUCACACAUGAAGCAGCUCUGGCUAAAAUCAGAGGUGUUGAGGAAGAAGUUCAUAUGAAAUUUGGAGUUAUAAAAGAGCAACACGAAGCAGAAGUUAAACAGCUGACAGAAGCCUUGAGGGAGUUAACUAAAGAAAACAGGAGGCUGAAGUCAUCAUUUGAUACCUUGAAGGAAGUGAAUGACUCUUUAAGAAAACAGUUAAGUGAUCUAACUGAGCAGAACAAGAAGUUGGAAGGUCAAGCACGAAAAGUACAAGCUCGUUUAGAGAAUCUACAAAGGAAGCAUGAAUUCUCUAUGGUGCAGAAGUCUAGCAAUGUGUGUCAAGUGGUGCAACAAAGCAAACCUGUGAAACAGGGAAAAGUGAUGGUGACAUCAAAAAUUGCCAAGCUACCAUGGAAUUCAGAGUUUUAUGAGCUCUUAGCUUUUCUUAUGGAUUGGAUCUCAGACCAGCAUCUUAGCAAAAUAAAAACACAAGAAGGAAGAGAGCACAGUCCUAAACGUACAGUUACCCAGAGCUCCAAACAAACCUGUACUCGGGAAAGGUGUCUGAAGAUUUUGCCUAUAGCUACUGAACAACUCCAGUGGAUGCCAUUUGUGAAUCCUAAACUGCACAUGCCUGUGAUUAGGUUUAUUUACUGGUCUAUAAGGCAGCUAGACAAUGAUAUUCAGCAUGCGACCCUGAGGUCAACAGUGAGGAGACUUGGUGAAGAUAUUUUCAAGGGCAUAGUAAGGAAGGGAAGCCCACAUAGUUCUGAACUGUCUCCAGAGAGUAAAUCAAAAUCAGCAGUUUUCUUCAGGAGUUCCUGUAUGCCUCUGAGGUUUCUGUCAACUUUAAUUGUGCUUAAAACAGUGACACAAG